AUGAUUGGAAAUCAACAAAGCAAUCCCAACCCGAAUGAUCACCUCCAUCAAGAUUUAAUUUUUGAAGAAGAAGACACUACAACAACACAUCAUCGUGAAAAAGCAACGACAUUUCAUCCUCUCAACAACAAGACCAUACUUUCUCAUCAUCAACUUCCAAAACUCUCUCUAUUCCCUUCUUUCUCCCGUAAAAAUUCCAUCUUCACUUCCAAUAGCUAUUACUCAACUAAAGGCAGUAGUACCGUCACCUCUCAUACAGACAAAGCAAAUACUAUUUGGUGGUGUUGCUCCGAAUGCCCAAAUGGAGUCAGGAUUGUUCAUUGCUUGUUACUCGUUUUUAUUGUUCAAGGAAUUUUAGGCUUAUUAACCAGUGUCUUGUUGCUGUAUACAAGUGGAAAUCAGACACUGUCACGUGUAUCUGAAAAUCAAGCCUUUCAAACCCAGCUCUUUGUGCAGCUUCAUAUUUCAACAAUUAUCGAUACCUCUGAGAGCGUGUUGCAACAAGUAUACUUGGAGUUGGACUCUGGUUUGGAUAUUUACAAUUUCACCUCAUGGAUCUUACUUUUCAAGUAUAUUCGGGGUUUGUACAUUCGCACUACUCCCUUAAACAUGCUACAAAUAGGUACUUUUAACGAUUAUUAUGUGGGGACAAAUGAAGUCAAUCAAACCUUUUCUGUUCUGGAGUUUCACAAUAACACAGACAUAUUGUAUCGAUAUAGAAAUGAUGAGAAUGAUUUGCGUAAAGAUCCUCUUUCUGAUUCCAAUCUACUGAAUGCUUCCUAUUUUCCGUAUAAACCGACAGACAGACCUUGGUAUAAAACUUUCAGAGAAAAUGUGAGAGGUAGCAUUUCACCUCGUUGGUCAGAUAUCUUUUACUCAGUGCAUGGUAAACAGAGUAUUAACUUGGCCUUUCCAAUUUACAUACAAGCAAACACUACUGCAGUGAAAUUAGGACUCUCUCAAAUUACUAGUCCUAACAAUUCCAUGCUAUGUCGCGAUAAAUCAUGUUAUACCCCUGACCAUUUGUAUGGAGCAGUUGGAAUCUUGUUUUCACUUAAACAAUUAGGAAAUUUUUUGAACACAACCUUGCUAAACUAUCCCAACCUUAAUUAUUGUUUCAUAAUGGAUCGAAGUGGCAAAAUCAUUGCCUCUAGCAAGGGUAACACUACCAAUAACAGUACACAACAAGCAACACGUGUGAACGAGGAAAUACGGUCAUAUUCACAACAUAUUCUGCAUAAUAAUGUGAGCAACACAAAAGCCGAGACUUUCUUCCUGAACGGAAAGAAUGUAUUUGUUUCCACAAUUACGGACAAGUAUAACCUCAUGUGGAGAGUAGUGAUCGUGUAUAAUCAGUCAGAUUUUGUGAAAGAGUUAUUCGCAAGUGGAAUUACAUCUCUCGUGGUGUAUAUCAUUAUUAUGGUCGGUGGUACCUUGGUUUUGUUCAUUCUUGUUCAGGCAAUGAAUACUCCACUCAGAAAUGUAAAGAAAAAACUUGACAAACUUGUCAAGUUGAAAAAUAUGAAUGAGUCAGAAGAGGAAAAACAUAGCAUAUUUUCUGACAUUUCAUCACUCGAACAAAGCAUUUCUGCUCUCCGUCGAGGUAUCAACACGUUUAGCAAAUAUGUGCAUCAAAAUUUCAUGAAGCGUGUGCUUAGUGGUCAAUACUUUGCAGAAAUUGGAAUGGACGUACAGAACAUGACCAUUCUCUGUUCGGACCUUGUGAGCUUCACAGAACUAGCCGAGUCUACUGAUAGUGAAAUAUUGCUCUCUGUCAUGACCGAGUACUUUUCUGCAAUGACAACAACCUUGGAACAUCAUCAUGGAUUUAUUGAAAAAUAUGUUGGAGAUGGAAUUCGGGCAUUGUGGAGUAGCAAUACACACAAUGGAUUGCUAACGAGAGUGGAAGAGCAUGAAAUUAGAGCUUGCAGAGCCGUGAUAGAAAUGUUAGAGGUUUUCCAUGAUCUUAACAAUGCAUGGCAAGAGAAAGGUUAUCCAAAAUUGGACAUGCGUGUUGGAAUUAAUAGUGGUGAAGUGUAUUGUGGCUCGAUGGGUUGUUUAAGCCGAUUGAGUUUUGGAGUGAUUGGCGUCAAUGUAAACAUUGCUUCCAAGUUGGAGCGAUUGAAUCGAGAAUAUUCCACCACAGUACUGAUUGGAGAAAGCACUUACAAUCAUGUGAAAGAACACUUUGUCUGCAAUUAUGUCGAUACUAUAGGAAUUAGUGGCAAACGUAUUGCAUUCUUUAGCUUGGAAGGGAGUAUUAAGGACGCCACCGAUUUACAAAUCAAAAUUUCGCGUGACUUUCUACUCGUUCAACACUACGCGAAGGAAGGGGAUUACACCUCUGUCAUUCGAAUUUGUCAAAACAUUCUCAGUUUGCAAGAUUCUCCUGUUGCCACAAUCAUGCUCUCCAAAGCAAAAGCAAAACUAUUCAAGCCCAAAACUGAAUAA